AUGAACGCGAACCGCCUGGAGCUGAACGCCGUCCGGUGGGCGGCGCCCCACGUCGAGGUGACCCUCGGCGGCGCGCGGCGCCGCUCGCCGGCGUGCCCGGGCCCCAGCGGUGAGCCCGAGGCUGGCUCCGUGUGCUCGCCGCUGUUCGGCUGGCGGACGCAGUUCCGCCUCAACGGCGACAGCGUGGGCGGCCAUCUGGUGUUCGAGGUCAAGAGCGGGUCGUCGGUGCUGGGCACCAGCAUCGUGCCGCUGGAUGCCGUGUUCCGCGAAGAGGUCUUCCAGAGGGCGCUGCCACUUCUGCACAGCGGCCGCUCGCGCGCGCCAGCGGGGGGGGACCCCGAGCUGCUGGUGACGAUCCGCUGCCUGCCCAAGGAGGCGCACGCCUCCGCGGAGGACGCCGCCCGGCGGGCCCUCGCGGACCAGCUGCGCCUGAGCUGCUCGCAGCUGCGGGUGACGCUGCGCUCACUGCGCCUCUAUGGGGCGGCAGUGAAUGCUGCCGCCCUGCGCCCCUACGUGAAGGUGGCAGUGGGCUUGCAGUCUGGGGCAACGAUGGCGGCGCUGAGCAGCACCGAGCGGGACGCGGAGGAGUUCGUGUUCGUCAACCCAGACGACCGCCGCUUCGAUUGCGGUAGCCUCCUUGGCGGCCGCUACGAGGCGCCCCCGAGGAACGAGCCCCGCGGCUCGAAGACUGUGCCCGCGUACCAGCGGCGGGCAGGCAACGACGUGCAGGUCUCGUAUCGGAACGUCCGGUUCGUGUUCUGGCAGUUCCAGCAGGAUCAGUUGGAUUUGGACGUGUACGACGAGCACCCGCUCUUUAUCGACAGGCGCAUCGCGCUGGCCAGCCUCGAGCUGGAUGACCUCCUUCUGCUCCCCUUCCAGGACGACAACGGUACCGCCCCUCUCCCGAGCCUCCCGGGCAAGGCCGCGCGGACCACGGGGCUGGUCACCGCCCCCCUCCACGCGGACGGCGCAGCCGACGACGACCAGAUCGGCGAGAUGCAGUUGGAGGUGGAGUUCCUGCAGGACCCACUCGCGCUACCGUCGCCCCUCGAGGCAGGGCUGCUGCUGUCUCGGCCGGCCCUCCUCCGCUCCUCCCACCGGCUCUACGACGCAGCCCUGGCCGCGGUGGCCGCCACGGCCCCAGACGCGGCCCUCGCGGAGGGCCCCCUCGGCGACGCGCGGCUGCUGCCCCUGGGCGUGCGAGAGGCCCUGGCGGCGCUCGUCGUGGCCGCCGCGCUGUCGGGCGUCAGGGCCUCCGCGAGGCACGAGGACGACGCCGCCGAGAAACACACAUGA